CGUGCGUAGUGACGUCAGAGCCGGGCGUCGCUGCCGGUCAGCCGGUGGCCGAGGCGGUGCGGGUGGUGCCGGCAGAGGCCGCGGUGGGCGCCGCCAUGGGGGAGCUGUUCCGCAGCGAGGAGAUGACCUUGGCCCAGCUUUUCCUGCAGUCCGAGGCCGCGUAUUGCUGUGUCAGCGAGCUGGGCGAGCUGGGGAAGGUGCAGUUCCGCGAUCUGAACCCGGACGUGAAUGUGUUCCAGCGGAAAUUCGUUAAUGAAGUCAGGAGGUGUGAAGAAAUGGACCGAAAGCUCCGAUUUGUUGAAAAGGAGAUCAAAAAAGCAAAUAUUCCUAUCAUGGACACGGGUGAGAAUCCAGAGGUGCCAUUUCCACGUGACAUGAUUGAUUUGGAGGCGAACUUUGAGAAAAUUGAAAAUGAGCUUAAAGAAAUCAACACAAAUCAGGAAGCUCUGAAAAGAAACUUCUUGGAGCUGACAGAGUUAAAAUUUAUACUGCGUAAAACUCAGCAGUUUUUUGAUGAGGCUGAAUUGCAUCAUCAGCAGAUGGCGGAUCCAGACCUGUUGGAGGAAUCCUCGUCACUCCUGGAGCCAAGUGAGAUGGGAAGAGGUGCCCCCCUGCGGCUUGGGUUUGUGGCCGGGGUGAUCAACCGCGAGCGGCUCCCCACGUUUGAGCGCAUGCUGUGGCGCGUGUGCCGAGGGAACGUCUUCCUGCGGCAGGCCGAAAUCGAGAACCCGCUGGAGGACCCGGUCACGGGGGACUAUGUGCACAAGUCUGUAUUUAUCAUCUUUUUCCAAGGUGACCAGUUGAAGAACAGAGUCAAGAAGAUAUGUGAAGGAUUCCGUGCCUCCCUCUACCCAUGCCCAGAAACACCACAGGAGCGGAAGGAAAUGGCUUCUGGUGUCAACACCAGAAUUGAUGAUCUCCAGAUGGUGCUGAACCAAACUGAGGAUCACCGCCAGAGAGUUCUGCAGGCAGCUGCUAAAAAUAUUCGGGUCUGGUUCAUCAAAGUCCGCAAGAUGAAGGCCAUCUACCAUACCCUGAAUCUGUGCAACAUUGAUGUGACACAGAAGUGCUUGAUUGCUGAAGUCUGGUGUCCUGUUGCUGACCUCGAUUCUAUCCAGUUUGCCCUCCGGAGAGGCACUGAGCACAGUGGUUCCACUGUCCCAUCUAUUUUAAAUCGGAUGCAAACCAAUCAGACCCCACCAACAUACAACAAAACCAACAAGUUCACCUGUGGCUUUCAGAACAUUGUUGAUGCUUAUGGCAUUGGAACUUAUCGGGAAAUAAAUCCAGCCCCAUAUACCAUCAUCACCUUCCCGUUUCUGUUUGCUGUGAUGUUUGGAGAUUUUGGCCACGGAAUCCUGAUGACUCUGAUUGCUAUCUGGAUGGUGCUUAGGGAGAGUCGUAUUCUGUCACAGAAAAGUGACAAUGAGAUGUUCAACACUGUUUUUAGUGGUCGAUACAUCAUCCUGCUGAUGGGGCUGUUCUCCACUUACACAGGCCUUAUCUACAACGACUGCUUCUCCAAGUCUCUCAAUAUGUUCGGCUCGUCAUGGAGCGUCCGGCCGAUGUUCUCCAAAGCCAAUUGGUCAGAUGAACUGCUUAAGACUACUCCUUUGCUUCAACUGGACCCUGCUGAAGCAGGAGUGUUUGGUGGCCCCUACCCCUUUGGCAUCGACCCGAUCUGGAAUAUUGCCAACAAUAAACUGGCCUUCCUCAACUCAUUUAAGAUGAAAAUGUCUGUGAUUCUUGGCAUUAUCCACAUGCUGUUUGGUGUCAUGUUGAGUCUUCUCAACCACAUAUACUUUAAGAAGCCACUGAACAUAUACCUUGGAUUUAUUCCAGAGAUGAUUUUCAUGUCCUCGCUGUUUGGAUACCUCGUUAUUCUCAUUUUCUAUAAAUGGACAGCCUACGAUGCUCACACAUCAAAGGAAGCCCCAAGCCUUCUAAUACAUUUCAUCAACAUGUUUCUGUUUUCCUAUGGUGAUACCAGUAACAAGAUGCUUUAUAAAGGGCAGAAAGGACUCCAGUGUUUCCUCGUGGUGGUGGCAUUACUGUGCGUGCCGUGGAUGCUGGUAGCUAAACCUCUGGUCCUUCGCCACCAGUAUUUAAGGAGAAAGCACUUGGGAACACACAACUUUGGUGGGAUCCGGGUGGGCAAUGGACCGACAGAGGAGGAUGCUGAGAUCAUCCAACAUGAUCAGUUGUCGACCCAUUCUGAGGAGGGGGAGGAGUUUGACUUUGCUGACACUGUGGUGUACCAGGCCAUCCACACCAUUGAGUACUGCCUGGGCUGCAUCUCCAACACUGCGUCCUACCUGAGGCUCUGGGCUCUCAGCUUAGCCCACGCACAGCUCUCGGAGGUGCUGUGGACCAUGGUGAUCCACACUGGGCUCAGCGUGAGGAGUCUGGCUGGAGGCUUUGGCCUUUUCUUCAUUUUUGCUGCUUUUGCUACCCUGACGGUGGCAAUUCUCCUGGUCAUGGAGGGCCUGUCUGCUUUCCUCCAUGCUCUUCGCUUGCACUGGAUCGAGUUCCAGAACAAGUUCUACACUGGCACGGGCUUCAAGUUCCUGCCGUUCUCCUUUGACACCAUCCGCGAGGGGAAGUUUGACGAUUAGCAUCCCCUGAGCUGCACCCUGAGCUUUGUGUCCCGUCUGUGUCCCCAUAGCGAAUGUAACUUAUUGCAGCAGUCUGAGUGUGACCAGGAAACUGGGAAGCCGCGUGCUUCGGCGUUCCUGGGUUAAUGAGUGAUCCUGAUCAAGAAACUUCUCCCUUAAGUUACCGCUGCCGCGGCACGGCGUGUCGCUGUGGUGUAACUGUGCUGCUGUGCUGUGAAUUUCCUGCCGGGUCUGUCAGGGUACUGUGAGAAUAACAUGGGCUGAGGAGCACAGGGACAGGAGGGCGCAGUACCUCCAUCCUGCAUAAAGCCUCCUGCUCAGGAAAAGAGAUUUCGGA